AUGGGCGAGAAGGUUUUCCUACACCGAGAGGUGCUACUGCCGUUGUACUCGUUAGGCGUAUUGAUUGUUAUGAAAAUUCUAAUACCGAACCCCAACUUUCCCGUAAUGGACACACCGAGAGGGGAGGCGAAGCUGUACGACCUGUUUAGCAAUUUAACGAAGCACACAAUUGCCGUUGUUCCUAACAGUACGCAAAUUAGGGAUUUUAUUAACAACAACGUAAACGAGGUUUGGCAAAUGCUGAACUUGGACUCGGAACUCUCGUGGUCGUACUAUGCGACGAGGGAGGAGCUGCUGACCGCGUACUGGUUGGAACCCAAGGCUAUUCCCAUCGCGGUAAUCUUCAACACGACAAAUCCGUUGAGCGACGCCUUUAAAUACGAGAUUCGUACUAAUCCGUCGCACUCGGAGACGCCGUCCACCACGAUGCUCUACGGCUCGCCCGCAUUGUGCAGGCAGUCGCACGGGCACUGGUCCGCCGUACUUUCGAAGGAGAACCGAGGCACGUGCCCAGUGAACGAGUACUACUUCUCGGGUUUCGUAGGCCUACAGGCGCUCCUCGACUUCACGAAGAUAAGGAGUCGCACCGGACGAAACGACACAGUAGUCCCCCACCUCCUCCUCCAGAUGUUCCCGAAGGAGGCCUUCACCGGCAACUGGAUGGUGGCGUUUCGCGUAGUCAUACCACUUUACAUGGUAAUGGCGCUCUCUCAGUUCGUCGCCUACCUCCUCAUUCUAAUCGUCGGCGAGAAGGAGAACAAGAUCAAGGAGGGGAUGAAGAUCAUGGGCCUCAAAGACUCGGUCUUUUGGUUGUCCUGGUUCGUCAUCUACGGCAUCUUCGUCCUUUUCCUGUCGGCGGUAUGCUGCAUACUCCUCUACGCGUUGAAGGUAUUCCAAAACACGAACUUGCUCCUCAUCUUCCUCCUCGUCCUGCUCUACUCGCUCUCGAUAAUAAUGUUCGGCUUCAUGAUCACGCCGUUCUUCGACAAAUCGCGCACCGCCGGUAUUUUGGGGAACUUUAUGGUAAACAUUUUAAGCCUAUUUUACUUCAUUCAAGUUUUUGUUGAUCAUUCCAGUUCGUUAGUUUUCUGGAUUGUUUCGGUUAUAAGCUCGACCGGUUUCGCUUUGGCGAUGGAUAAGGCCUUGGUAAUGGACCUUUCCGGCGAAGGCGUCAACAUUCACAAUUUGUGGUCGGGGCCGGGUAUGCCCUUCGGCGGCAGUCUGAUAAUGAUGGCCUUUGAUAUUGUCUUGUACGGGUUUUUGGCUUUUUACCUCGACAGCGUGAUACCGAGUGAGCACGGAACGAAGAGGUCGCCGUUCUUCUGCUUCAAGCUAUCCUAUUGGUGCAGAAAGAGGGUGAUCAGGGUUCCGUUAGCCAAUGGGACUUCGGCUGGAUCGCUGCUUAAUGGCGACGACGCAAAUUGUGACAUUGAGCAAGUGUCGAGGGAGAUGAAAGGUCGUGAGGCGAUCAAAAUUGUCGAUCUAUUCAAAUCGUUCCAGGGCUUUAAACAUUCCCUGGAACAUUCCUGCCAUUGUUCCCAAAAUAUUCCAAAAAAACAUUUAAUAUUUCUCAAAGUGCCUAAAGGUCACAACAUCAUUUUCUAAGGUUCUUCUGUGAGUCUCCUGAAAUUCUCAAGUAUUCCUCAUGGAAAUUCUCAAAAAAUCCUCCAUAUUACAAAUGUUUCGAGGAAUCUCGUGAAGGUUCUUGGGUAUAUCCACCCUUGAUGUCUCAAAAUAUGUCUUAAGGGAUGAAAUACGCCCUUGAGGUUUCAAAAUAUUCACGAUACACUUACACAAAAAAGGUUCAAACUUUUAUGGCUUUUGUAGCAUGUCUAAAGGGGUGAAAUCCACCCUUUGUCUCAAAAUAUGUCUUACGGGAUGGAAUCCGCCCUUGGGGUCUCAAAAUAUUCACGAUACACUCACACGAGAAAAUUUCAAAUUCUUAUGGCCUUUGUAACAUGUCUUAAGGGGUGAAAUCCGCCCUUGAGUUCUAAAAAAUUCAUGAAAUCCUUGCUCAAAAAAGUUUCACAUUUUGUUGCCUUUUAAAAAAGCCUAAAGGGGUGAGAUCCGCCCUUGAGACCUAAAAAAAUUCAUGAAACUCUCGCUCAGAAAAGUUUCAAAUUUUUUUGCCUAUUAAAAAAGACUAAAGGAGUGAAAUAUCCGCCCUUGAGGCUUAAAAAAUUCAUGAUACACUUGCACAAAGAGUUUCACAUACUAAUAGGUUUUGUAACAUGUCUAAAAGGGGGAAAUCCGCCCUUGAGAUCUCAAAAUAUUCACGAUACACUCACACGAAAAAGUUUCAAAUUCUAAUGACCCCUGCGGCAUGUCGUAUGGAGUGAAAUCCACCCUUGAGGUUUUAAAAUAUACCUUAAGGGAUGGAAUCCGCCCUUGGGGUUUCAAAAUAUGCCCUUCACAAGAAGGUUUCGAAUUCUAAUGCCCUUUAAAAAUACGUAAAAGGGUGAAAUCCGUCCUUGAAAUCUGAAAAUGUUCAUAAAACAAUUGCACAAAGAGUUUCAAACUCUAAUGGCUUUUAUAACACGUCUAAAGGGGUGAAAUCCACCCUUGAGCACUAAAACCAUUCACAAAACACUUGCGCAAAGAGUUUCAAAUUCAAAUGGGUUUUGUAACAUGUCUAAAGGGGCGAAAUCUGCCCUUGAUGUCAAGAAAAUUUCAUGAAACUCUUGCACAAAACGGUUUCGAAUUCUAAUGGCUCUUAUAACAUGUUUAAAGGGGUGAAAUCCACUCUUGAGGUAUCAAAAUAUGUCUUAAGGGAUGGAAUCCCCCCAUGGGGUCUCAAAAUAUGCACGAUACACUUACACAAAAAAGUUUCAAAUUCUUAUGGCUUUUGGAACACGUCCUAAGGGGUGAAAUCCGCCAUUGAGUUCUGAAAAAAAUUCAUGAAACCUUUGCCCA